UAGUACUAUGGGUGCUGGCGUUGAAAAGCUUAGCUGGCCGCUGGAACUGAAUCUCUACCAACCGCUGGAAGGCAACCAAAUGCUUCUACCAGAGCGUGCCAGCUGUCUAGCUGUCCAAGUGUAUUUGCGCAUGUGUUGUCUGCCCUUUGCAGUGCAUAGUGUCCCUAAUGCCACGUACAUGUCGCCAGGGGGAAGGCUCAGCAAGCUACCUCUUAUGCGCGCCGGAAAGUCAAUCCUUGCUGAAUUUCAGCCUAUCGCCGAUUUUGUGGAACGUCAUGCCCAGGAUCACGAAGGUGCCCACUCGCUUAACCGCUGGCUUGGCGAGGAGCAACGCGAUGAUAUGCGAAGCGUCGUCUCUUAUGUAGAGAACACUUUUUCACUCGCAGAGCUGCAUAUGAGCUUUGUGGACGACCAAAUCUACAAGCUGUACACAGCCCCACGUACUACCAAUACCAAUCCCUGGCCGUUGAGUACCAUGUUGCGACAUACAAGGCGACGUCAAGCGAUACAGCUGCUAAAAGUCUACCAGUGGCAGGACAUGGACGAGGCCGCUGUUUUGGACCAGCUGGCAGGCUGUUGUGAGUUGCUCUGCGACAACCACCUAAAUGACAAAGGUUUCCUGUGUGGAAACAAGCCGUGUGAACUAGACGCCCUUGUAUAUGGCCAUGUAUCUACAGUACUUACCACCCAAUUGCCAAACAAGUCUCUAGCCAGAGAGCUGCAAUAUUUUGAACCACUCGUUUCCCUCUGCCAGCGUGUCGCAGAUGAAUUUAAUGAAGGAAAACAGCUUACGCUUAAACAAUAACCGAGGACUACCAGAUCACAUCAAAUUUAAUUAAAAUCAUACAAAGCUAGACUUUAAGCUAAAUUAAAUGCAAAA